AAGACGUUUCUGCUUGUUUGAGAGUGGUUGACUUGGACUUACCCUACAGCUAUUGAUAUACCAUUUUCCAAAUAUUUCUCCAUUGUGGAACUUCUGAUAAUCUACAAAGGAAAUGUUGGAGUUUAUUUUACCAUUGUUUCUAGGCUUUUUGGCGCUCUACUUACUCAGCAUGCGGUUCAGAAGAACAAGGAGAGAUGGGGAGCCUCCCCUAAUAAAGGGCUGGAUUCCAUUCCUUGGGAAAGCUUUGGAGUUUGCAAAGAAUGCACAUGGAUUUCUUGCAUCAUAUAAGAAGAAGCAUGGGGAUGUAUUUACUGUGCUGAUUGCUGGUAAAUACAUUACGUUUAUAAUGAACCCGUUGCUUUAUCCAUACGUCAUCAAACAUGGUAAACAGCUGGACUUCCAUGAGUUUUCUGACCAAGUAGCCCCUAUGACUUUUGGCUACCCCCCUGUUAGGAGUGGGAAGUUCCCUGGAAUGUGCGAACACAUUCAGAAGUCUUUCCGUCUUCUGCAGGGUGAGAACCUUGAUCGUUUGACCGAGAGCAUGAUGGGAAAUCUUAUGCUUGUGUUCCAACAAGAUUACUUGAGUGGGGGGAGCCAGUGGAGGACUGAAAGUAUGUACCAGUUUUGCAAUUCGGUCAUGUUUGAAGCCACUUUCCUGACCAUGUAUGGCAAGCCUGCCCACACCAACAGGCACAGUGGAAUGGUGACCCUCCGAGAGGAUUUAGUCAAAUUCGACAACAUGUUCCCCCUCCUCAUCGCCAGGAUUCCCAUCUUUUUCCUGCGAGGAACCAAGGCCAUCCGGGAUAAACUGAUCAACUACUUCCACCCCAAAAAAAUGUCUAGCUGGUCCAACACCUCUGGGUUCAUAAAGGAACGAGCUGCACUCUUUGAACAGUAUGACUGCUUGGGAGACAUCGAUAAAGCCGCUCAUCAUUUUGCAAUACUAUGGGCGUCUGUAGGCAACACAGUCCCAGCUACCUUCUGGGCCAUGUAUUACCUGGUGAUCCACCCCGAGGCUCUUGCAGUGGUGCGUGAGGAGAUCCACAGUGUCCUGCGGGUUUCAGGAAUAGAGGCAGACCUCAACAAAGAUAUUUUCUUGACCCGAGAACAGCUGGACCGCCUUCUGUAUUUGGAGAGCUCCAUCAACGAGAGUCUGCGGCUGUCUUCAGCUUCCAUGAACAUCCGUGUGGCCCAAGAGGAUUUCAGCUUGCGGCUGGAGAGAGAGCGCUCCAUCAAAGUCAGGAAAGGAGAUAUCAUCUCCCUGUAUCCCCAGAGCAUGCACAUGGACCCUGAGAUCUACGAGAACCCAGAGGUUUACAAGUUUGACCGAUACAUUGAAGAUGGAAAGGAAAAAACAGACUUCUAUAAGGACGGGCAAAGGCUGAAAUACUACCGGAUGCCAUUCGGCUCUGGCUCCACAAAAUGCCCAGGAAGAUACUUUGCCAUGAAUGAGAUAAAGCAGUUCCUGUCGCUGUUACUUCUUUACUUUGAUAUGGAGGUGGUGGAGGGGCAGACAGCAUGCACCCAGGACCCCAGCCGUGCUGGCCUGGGCAUCCUACUCCCAGCCACAGACGUGAAGAUCCGCUACAGAUUGCGUCGGGAGUAGGAGGAAGACGUCUAUGUAGACAUGAACAAUGGAGGGCUGAGCCCAGUGCAGCUCAUGUUAUUCUUCCUGUUACCUCCUAUCGGUUCUGUCCCAAAAAUCAGUCUUACUUGCAUGCCACUUGCGACCUACUUGGCCCACAGAGCUCUGGUCAAAUGUACUGAUAUUCAUUAUGCAGAAAAGGAUGCCAUUUGGGACGCACACAUUUUGGUUUACACAAUUUUCCUUAUACUGAUACUGGAUAGGUAUUGACUGAAAAGGAAAUGUGCGGCUACUUUUUUUUAUAUAUACAGCUCCGUAAAAAAUUAAGAGACCACUGCACCUUUUUCGUUCCUUUCCAAAAAAGUU